GUUAAAGUGCGUGAUUGCUGCUGUGUCACUCCCAUCUAUUGAGGUUCGUGUUACAUGUCUGUCGAAUGUGAUCAUCCGCACGAGAGCAAUGAUUAACCCACACUAGAAGGAAAACCAAUGGCAGCUGUGGAGUUACUUUACAUAAAUAGAGCAGGAGAACAAUCCGAAAGACCAGUCGCCCUUGACUGGGCAUCAAAGCCGCUGGACGUCCACAAACAGAGAAGCCCAGGCGUCGAGGCGCUUACCAGGGAGGCAGAACGUGGAUUGGCUCUGAGGGCGCCUGACUGCGAAGGACAAUGUAAUUCAGCACCAAGGACGGUUCCCUUCAAAGGACUCCAAGGCAAACACGGCCACAGAGGAGCCGAAAAGGUCAGGGUCUGCUGCGACGAGGAAUUGGAAACUUCUUUCACAUACGUGGACGAAAAUGUCAACUUACGACUCGCAACACCGGACGCGAGUGGGAAAUUUCCACCUGGGGCCGUGUGCCACCACCACGGCUCGUCUUGUGAACUCCGCCCUGACGGCUUCCAGGAGCUUUCCCUCAUGUCCGAAAAUGACCUGACAUCGGAAAGUGCUGUAAAGUCUGUCGACUAUGGAUUUAUCAGUGCGGUCACGUUUCUUGUGACUGGAAUCUCGCUAGUUAUCAUAUCCUACUCUGUCCCACGUGACGUUAACGUGCAGGACCCCGAGAGCGUGCCAGCCAGGGAGAUGGAACGGCUGGAGAACGAGAGCGCCCGGGUUGGGGCACACCUCGACAGGUGUGUGAUUGCCGGGCUGUGUCUUCUCACCUUGGGCGGGGUGGUGCUCUCCACCCUGCUCAUGAUAUCCAUGUGGAAGGGGGAGAUGUACAGGAGAAAGGCGUUUGCAUACUCUAAACACUCCACUAAACUCUAUGGUUCCAUCAACUUUAAUGUACGGUCCAGUCCCAGUGGCUCAUCCACCCACUGUGCAUUGGAGAUUGUAAAUGACAUCAACGAGACACAUGGAUAA